AUGUCUGAAUCAUCUCCAGACUCAGAUCCUUACGCUCUCAUAGGCAUCAUAAAGAACCCAAAUGGCUCCAUCACUCGCGACCCCACAAGAAUCCCUUCCGCCCCCGCCACACCUGAACCAUCCCCACAAAACCCCGUUGUAUCCAAAGACAUCAUCGUAAGCCAAACAAACUCCACGUGGAUGCGUCUCUACGUCCCAAGUACCAACCUACUACGUUCAUCUCAAAAGCUCACUCUCCUUCUCUACUUUCACGCUGGAGGUUUCAUCACAUGCAGCGUCGACUUUCAACUCUUCCACGACUUCUGCAACCUUAUGGCGCAUGAGCUCAACGUGGUCGUCGCGUCAGCUUCUUACCGUCUAGCUCCCGAGUUUAAACUCCCCGCGGCUUACGACGACGGAGAGGACGCGCUUGAGUGGCUAAGAAACUCCAAAGACGCGUGGAUCAACUCUCAUGCAGAUCUCUCUAACGUGUACAUCAUGGGGUCAAACGCUGGUGGUAACUUGGCUUACAACGUCGGGAUUAGAUACGUUUUCGCUGAUCUGAGGCCGUUGAGUAUCCGUGGGUUGAUCUUACAUCAUCCGUUCUUCGGAGGCGAGUCUGAGCUUAGACACGUGAACGUGAACGAUCAGGCAGUUGGAGAGCUUUGCUGGAAGCUUUGUCUACCUGUGGGAGCUAACCGGGAUCAUGAGUAUUCGAAUCCGACCGUGAGAGAUGAACCGGAGAUAAUGAAGGCAAUAGGACGGUCGGGAUGGAAGGUGAUGGUGAUGGUGAGUGGAGGUAGGCAGAGAGAUGUGGCAAAGUUGAUGAAUGAGAAGGGAGUUGAUAUGGUUGAGGCUGUUCAAGGUGAUCUUAACAAUCCUGAAACUAUGUUUGCUUCCAUCAGAAAGCUUAUAGUAGAGGCCAGCCCAAUAUAG